AUGAAGAAUAAUAUGAACAUAUCAAAUAAUAUUAACAAUAAUAUUAAUAAUAACUAUAACAAUGAGAACUAUAAUAAUGUUAAUAACAACUCCAUAAACCUCAUAAAUAAUAAUUUGAACAUGCCUGCGGGAAUAAAUAAUAUGGCAAACAAUAUGAAUGAUAUAUCUAAUAAUAUGAAGAACUUCCCUAAUGGGGUAAAUGGCUUAAAUAAUAAUAUUGGUGAUAUUAACAGCAUUAAUAAAAUGCAUAAUCCGAUUGGGAAAAUACAUGGUCAUAUUAAUAAUAUACCUAAUAAUAUGGGUACUAUGAAUAAUAAUAUAAAGCAUGGUGUGCAAAAUAUUAUAAAUGGCAUGCCAAGUGGGAUAAAUAAUAUACAUUCCAAUUUGAAUAACAUCCCUGAUAAUAUAAAAAACAUGGCAAAUGCCAUAAGCCCCAUGUCAAAUAACAUAAACGAUAUUAGGGUGAAUGCAAAUUAUUCCAUGAACAAUAUGAAUACAAAUGUCAAUCCAAAUAAUAAUGUUAAUAUUCCAAAUGAUAUGAAACACAGAAUUAGGGUAAAUAACUCUGAUAUAACUAGCAAUGUGAACUUUAAUACUAUGAUGAAUAACAAUAAUAAUAGUCAUUUUGUUGCUUCUGACAAUUCAAACAGAAAUAUGUUUUAUGUAAAUGAUAUGAAAAAUGUUGACAAUAAUAUUAUAAAUAUGCAUAAUAAAAGAAAUAAUAACGCUAUAGAAAAGAAUAAUAAUAUUCCCCAAUUUCGAGAAAAGGAAUAUCUUGAAAAUGUGGGACACAGAGAUAAAUAUUUAUUAAAUAAAAAUGAAACUGACAAAAUUUACUUACAAAAUAAACAAUUAAAUAAUAUGAAUCAGGGGAAUACCCCAAACAUCAAUAAUAGCAAUACGCGAAACAAUAGCACAGGAGGUAUUAAUCGAAUUAUUAAUAAUAGUGCGCAAAACACAAUCAAUAUAAAUUCCGUAACCAAUAUAGGAAGUAAUAAUGAUAACAAUAAUAAUAUUCUUCAAAGGAAUAUGACAAAUUUAGAAAAUGGGGGAAUGCAUAACCCUUUAAAUAUUAAUCAGAUGAAUACAAUGAAUUUAAAUAAAACUUUUAAUUUCAGCUCGAAUGAUCCACAUAAUUUUAAUAUAAAUAGUGCAGCAGAUAAUAAAAUGAGUAACAAAUUUAAAGAUUCAAAUUACAAUAAUAUAAAUAAAAAUAUUAAUAUACCAUUUAACGAAGAGCCAAAACAUGACCAAUAUAACUUAGGAAACAACAUUAAUCGAAACAAUGGAAAUAAAGGUAUUGUGGUAGAAAAACAUAUGAACAAUGCAGAACAUUCUUUUUCGAAACAGCAUAAUAAUGGCAUGCUUGAUAUUAAAGCACACAAUGGGAAAGACAAUUUUGGAGGAAUAAAAAAUACGAAUGGCGAUAAAAGCAUAAGAUAUAGUAGUAAAUUAAAUGAAAUGAAUAAUGCAAAUAAAGUUGGACAAGAUAUUAUAAAUUUAUCUGCAUCAAAUAUUCAAAAAUUAAAUGAAAAAAACCAAAAAGCAAAUGGAAAUAAUAAUAAUAAUAAUUUUAUGGGAAAUAACUUACCAAAAUGUAUGGAAAAUGCCGAUUUAUAUAAAUUACAGAUGAAUUAUGAUAAAUUAAAUUCAAAUGAUCCAAAUAAUUAUAUAAAUAAAAUGGAUAAUUAUAAUGAUUUUAUAAAAGAAAGCAACAAAGGAAAAUAUAUAUCUGGAAACAAAUAUAAUACUAGUGCAAAUACUAAAGGAGACCAGUCAAAAAAUAAAACACAAAAAAUAGAAAAUGAAUUAAUAAAUAAAAAUUUUAACCCCAUCAAUAAUAAUAAUGCUCCAAAUGUUCAUAUGAAUGAAAAUAUGAUAUAUGAAGAAAUGAAGAAAAUGAAUAACACAUCUUUUGAAAAAAUGGUUGGGAAUGAUAUGUUCAUGUUUAAUGGGAAUCAUUCCUUAGAAAACGGCAUAAAUCAAAUGGUUAAUAUGCAAGGUUUUAGAGAUAUAAAAAAUAUUCAUAACAUAAACAAUUAUCGUAUGGCUAACGAUAACGAUUCUAGAUCAAAUGAAAAGAACAAUAAUAUGUUUCAUAACCAGAGACCUAAUUUUGAAGGUUGUAAUGGUACGGAAAAUCUAAAAGGAACAGGGAAUGAAUUCGAAGAAAAAAAACGGAAAAAAAAAAGAGAGAAAAAAAGUGAAAUGGAAAAAAACGAAAAAAAAGGAUUGAAUCGUGACGAACAUUUAGAUGACAAAAAAACAAUAAACCAACUCAUAGAACAUAAUGGUUUUAUGCACAGUUUAAAUGAAAAUAAUGAGAGUAGUGAAGUUGGUCAAAAUAUAAAAAAUAAUUUAUUUAAUGAUAUUUCUAAAAACUAUAUGCAAGGACAAAGUAUCGGAAAUGAUGAAAAGGAAUUAAAUAUAGACUCCAAUUUAAAUGAAAACAUGAAAAAAGAAAAUUAUGCAUAUAUUAGAAAACAAAAUAUAUUUGAAAAUUAUGAAAAUAUGAAUAAUUUAAAAAAUGCAUUUUUGGAAGGAGAUCAAAAUAUGUUAAAUAAUACUAAUAUCUUUAAUAAAAUAAAUUUCAAAUUUCAAAAAAAAAAAAGUGAUGAUUCAUAUGAAAAUGCAAGCAUGUUUCCAAGUGAUCAAAACGAUGAAGAUAAAAAGUUAAUGGUAUUGUCUCGAUUAUUUGGGAAUGUUAUAGGUGAAAAUGGAAAUAAUAAUAAUGAUGAUAAUAUGCAAACACAAAAUGAAAAUAAUAUGAAUAAUAAUAGUAAAUUGCCCAAUACCCGAAAAAUGAAUAGCAAUACUCUUGAAUUAGAGUUGUAUAAAAAUAUGCCUUUAGAUACUAUGUUAAAUAAAUUAAACUUAGAUAAGAAUAUUCUUAAUAUAUUAAAAGAUAAAAUAAAUAAUAUUAAUAGAAAUAUUAAUGUAAAUAUUUGUUCCACUUCAAUGGAAACACCAGAAGAACCAAUUAAGAUGGAAAGUAUAGACUUAUUAAAAUUAAUAAAUUUAUUUGAUGAAUUUUUAAAUUGGUCUGAAAAUAAUUUAUAUCAAAUUAAGUUGCAAUUAUAUAAUAUUGCAUUUUGUUUAUUAUUAGAAUUAUAUAUAUUAAUAUUAGCAAAUAAGUUUUCCAUGCUAAUAGAUUUUAAAAAUAAAUAUUUAAAGAAUUUCGAAGCCUACCAUCCCGUGAUUAAAUUUUUAUCCAAUUGUGUUAGUUUGAAUCAAAUUUUUGAAAUUUCUCUUCUUCGUUUUAAAGAAAAAAAUGCCAAGCACAUCGCUUACAUGAACAAAUUAGGGAAAGCAUCCCUCAUGCAUUAUUUAAGUGUCUAUGGGAGUAUUCCAUUAUAUAAUUUAAUUAUGACUAAAAUAAAAAUAAUAGAAAUAGAUGAUACAAAUAAAAAUUUUAAUUUUUUUCAUGAAUUUAUUUCUAUGAAUUUUUUAUAUAAUGGAAAUUUAAACUUCCCAGUUCAAUGGAAUUUACCUUCUAUUUAUUUUAUUAAGGAUGUAUCAGAAACGCAAAAUGAUGAUAGCAUAAAAUGCACAAAGGAAAAAGAAGAAAACGCCUACGUCCCAAAUGAAAAUAGUGAUGCUUAUUAUUACUAUAAGUAUAUAAUAAAAAUGCAGGCAGAAAAUCGAUUAAAAGUUACAAAAAAUAGGAUGCCAAGUAUGUUAUAUUACUGCUUGAACAAUUGUACCGAUAUGACUUGUGCAGAAAUUUCAUCAUUUGAUGGAUCGUUAAUUGCUACUGCUCAUUCAAAUAAUAUAAUAAAACUAUGGAAUAUCAAAAAAUCGCAAAUCAAUAAAAUAAAAGAAAAACAAAAAGAUAUGGAAAUUGAUAAUAACGAAAAUAUAGAUGAAAUAAAAAGUUAUAGUAAUAUACAAGAAAAUAAACCAGAUUCUACAUAUUUAGAUGAUCACGAUGAAAACGGAAUAGCUAAAUUAUAUGGAAAUAUGUAUAAUAUAUCUAGUUUAUGCUUUGGAGAAACAAAUAAAAUUUUAUUAUCAGGAAAUUUAAAUGGUGAUAUGUAUUUAUAUAGUACAAUAAGUAAUAGAAAUUAUGUUAAAUAUUCAGGUGGGCAUACACCUAUAUGGUCUAUUGAUACAGCUUUUUUGGGUUAUUUUUUUUGUACAAGUGAGGAUGAUGGAAAUCUAAGAAUUUAUUCAACUAAUAAAACAUACCCUCUUAUAACAUAUAAAUAUAAUUGUACUUCAAACAUAUGCAAAUAUCACUAUAAUAAUACAAUUGUUGCAAGCGGAUAUUAUGAUAAUUAUGUUCAUUUGUACGAUAUUAGAGUAAACUCCUUUAUAAAAAGAUUUAAGAAUAAUUACCCAAGUAAUCAUGGAGUGACUUCUUUGAGUUUUUCAAAAAAUGGAAGACUUCUUUCUUUUGGAGGAGGAUAUACAAAUAACAUAAAUAUUAUAGAUCUUGCAGCUGAUAAAUUUAUUGAUGUCGAACCAAAACAAUUUAUUAAUACUAAGGAAUAUAAUUUGGGAGAUUAUUAUAGUAUUACAAAAUCCGAAGAAAAUCAUUUAGGUUUUUAUCCUUUGCUGAAUGAAAGUGAAAAAUUGCAUAUGCAUAAAAAUAUUGAAGAGUUUGAAGAUAAAAUAUUAAGUAUAGAUUUUAGUUAUGAUAACAACCUUUUAGUUUCCAUGUCUUGUGAUAGCCACAUCGAUUUUUAUAAUUGUUCAAAGGCAUCGAGGGAAUUAAAGCAUCCUUUCACAGAGAAAAAACGAAUUAAAUCUGGAAAAGACCAUAAAAAUAAUAAUCCAUAUGUCCGAUUGUCAAAAUCAUAUGGUGUUAAUUAUUCGAACUUAAUAUCUGCAAAAUUUACGCCAGAAAAUGUUCUUCUUUUAUUCGGAAUUAAUACCUUAAUAUAA